CGGUGGUCCGACUGGAGGCAGAAAGAACAUCAACCUUUUAUAUUAUAGCUGUACUCGCAAGACAAUAUCUGCAAGCAGGACACCAGGAUGGCAGAGCCUCGAUUUAACAACCCGUAUUUCUGGCCGCCGCCACCGUCAAUGCCAGGCCAGCUGGAUAACCUGGUCCUCAUUAACAAGAUCAAGGAGCAACUGAUGGCUGAGAAGAUUCGACCCCUGCACCUGCCGCCUACCUCCACCCCUUCUCAGCAGCCUCUACUGGUGCCCACCUCCACUCCGGACGGCGGCGCCCAGCACGGCAUGCCGGUGCCGAAGCCUCAGCCGCAGCAGGUGCCGGGCCACCACCCGCAGCCGCAGGGCUCCGGACAGCCCGACAUCGCUCUGCACGCUCGACCCGCCUCCGGUUCUGGACCAGAUGGAAAUAUGGACGACAAGUCGGCAGUGAAGGCCAAAGGAUUGUGGGAAGACUGGCACAUGAGACAGCUCGCUGAGCAACCUGGCCGGAUCAACCAUCGCUCAGGUCUGGCUCCCUCAUCUAGACCCGACAGCCACAGCACCUCAGAGGCCCUGACCCCCACGACUCCAACGUCCAGCAGCCAGAACCGCCUGGGCGGCGCCCCGUCUGUGAACAUCAUCUCGGGCCUGGCCAGCGGCCCCGGCAUGGACCACAUGAAGGUCGGAGGCCUGGCAGGACUGUUGGGCCCCCCACCAAAGGCACCUCGGGGAAGGAAGAAGAUCAAAGCUGAAAACACAUCUGGUCCUCUGCUAGUGGUGCCCUACCCCAUCCUAGCUGACCAAGGCUGCGUCACCGUUGCACCCAAAGAGGGCAAAACCUACAGAUGCAAAGUCUGCCCGCUCACCUUCCUAACCAAGUCAGAGAUGCAGAUUCAUUCCAAGUCCCACACAGAGGCCAAACCACACAAGUGUCCCCACUGCUCCAAGACGUUCGCCAACGCCUCCUACCUGUCCCAGCACUUGCGCAUCCACCUGGGGAUCAAACCCUACCACUGCUCCUACUGCGAGAACUCGUUUCGUCAGCUGUCACACCUGCAGCAGCAUACCAGAAUCCACACUGGCGAUAGGCCUUAUAAAUGUGCUCACCCUGGAUGUGAAAAGGCUUUUACCCAGCUGUCCAACCUCCAGUCUCACCAGAGGCAGCACAAUAAAGACAAGCCGUACAAAUGUCCUAACUGCUACCGUGCCUACUCAGACUCUGCAUCAUUGCAGAUCCACUUGUCAGCGCAUGCCAUCAAAAACGCUAAGGCCUACUGCUGUAGCAUGUGUGGCCGGGCAUACACCUCCGAGACCUACCUUAUGAAGCACAUGUCCAAACACACGGUGGUGGAGCACCUAGUGAGCCACCAGUCGCCCCAGAGGACCGAGUCCCCCAGCAUCCCCAUACGCAUCUCCCUCAUCUGAGCUCCCUUGGACGCUCAGCGGCGAAAGUUCAGAGUGUGCGUUCGGCUGGAGCUUGUGAGGCCCUGCACCCACGGCCAUCUACAUAAGGCUUACAUUAGCAUUAUGACAGCUGACAUGAGCAUUCAGUGUUAGAUUCAGUAAAACAGACUGCCUCCAUCCGUCUUGACACGGGCCGUCUGUCAAAAAUGAGCACAGCGUUCUUUUUUGAGUUUUUUUUGUUGUUUUGUUGUGAAUGUAACAACACAGCUAGAUGUUGUCCAGGGGGAUCGAGCGGCAAAGAAUGUCUUGCGUCAGAUUUAAUAAGCACUUUCGUAAGCGUCAUGUAAACCGCCGGAUGCAUUGGCCGUUACAAAUGUUUUAGUUGUUUUUCUUUUCUUUUCUUCUUCCAUGAAAUGGGUUUCCAAAAUGUGCCAGAUGAUGUUUGCCCUUAUAAAGAAAUGAGAAAGUGAAAGAAAAAAAAAAAAAAAACGAACAUGUUUGCUGGGUGUAUUCUGGAGACAUCCAAAGAUAAUCUUAAAGCACUUUUAGGCCUUGUGGUUUUGGCUCAAAUUGUUUCAAUCUUGAUGGAUGGAAAAUGCCAAAGGGCAUUACUUGUGGCAGCUAAGAGCACUGACUGUGUACAAAUAACAGUCUUUUCUGUUACUUUCUUUGUUUUUAACUCACUUUUUUUUUUUUUUGUGCAAGUACAGGGUCAUCUAAAUUUGAAGUAAGGCAAUCGGUAGAUGACAAUUGAAACAUUUCAUGAUUGUAUUAAGAAAUUGUGUUCUUGUAUUAGGAGGCAAAAAAAAAAAGAGCUACAUGGAAGGGAAGAAAGAUGAAUGUUUGUUUUGUUUUUUUUAUUUCCAAAAUCUUUCACUCCAUAUUCACCUUUUUAACGGCACCUUUACGAUCAUGACAUGUGAUCGAAGAAACACUGCUUGUUUUCAGUUUUUCUCGCGUCCCAGUAGUUAGUGCCAUAUACGAACCUUGUCGAGGUUUUAAGAAAAAGCAAAUCUUGUAACGGUGUGUGUCUGCUUUCACUAUUCAGUUACGCUUUGGACGAUUAUUUUCGAAGAAUUAGAAGUAUGUGUUGCAGAGGUUGAACACGUUGCACAUGUAUCAGUGCCAGCUCUACUCUACUCUACUCAGCCCUUUUAUUUUAUUUUUUAUUUUAAAGACACUUGAGCUGAAAUAAAAUUUUACUUGAGUGGUAAAUUUUAAACCUAACCAUUGGACCAAAAUGUGAAGUUAUUGUACAGCUAUUCUAACCCAGUUAAGAUUUUUUUUUAAUCUUUAAUAAGCUUUACCCAUUUGGAAUAAACUGCAGUAUGAGUCAUAUUCAGUAGGCCUAUAUUAUGAGUUUAUGAAGACGUGAAUCUUCUCCUUUUUUUUUGUUUUUUUGUUUUUUUUCUCCUUAGUAUUCUUUUUAUUGUACACAGUAUUGUUUGUUGUAUUUUUACUGUAACUGUAACCUCUGAAUGGUACUAAUAGGAUACCCUGUAUUCUUCAGGGCACUUCAGAAAAGGUGCUACGGCUAGACGUUACGUUUGAGAUGGAACUGAGAAUAAUGUAAAAUACAUAUACAGUAUAUAGUAUGUUUUCAAAAGAAUUAAAAACUUAUUACUCAAGCCACUGGCCUGAAAACAGACAUUUACGCCAACAACAGACCCUGCCUCUUCAACUUACUCUCUCUCUUUUGAGAUAAUGGGAAAAUGUACAUGUUGCUAUACUGUAAAACAUGUUACUCAUUUAUAGUACCUAUUUUUAAGUUUUCAUAAACAUGUUCUGUUUGGGUUUUGUAAAAGUUUAUGUAUGGACUUACUGUAAUUAUUUUAGUCUACCUGUAUGUUAUUAAUAUUCAUGUUUUAUAUCAGUUAUUUACAUGUAAGCCUUAACUGUUUUAUCAUCCCAUUUCCAUUACUCUGUAUUGUGUUCUGCAGUAUUCAGUCGUGUAAACAUUUUGAUUUUUUUUUUUCCUUCCGCAUGGAGUUCCUGAGCUGUAAUCUGUAUAACUGUUUAACCCAUGUUCUCUAUGAAAAGAUAUUGCGUAGAUUUAUUACACUUUUUCCUGUCUUGCAUUGUGGUUUCAUAUACAGUUUCUAGACGACUAAAUAUGCACAGCCAAGACUGAGAAGAUAAACUAAGGUUAUCAAUGUUUAAAAAAGGAAAAAAAAGCUUUGUAUCUUUACCUUGUUUAAUAAACAGACUGUUAUAAAUUAA